AUGAGCAAUGCGCUCUGGGUCGCAUGGCGGAUACCAUGCUCGGGACUCCGAAGCCCCAGUGUGUUGUCUCCAGUCUCGUUCCGUCCGACUUGUCGUAACCUCCGCAUGACGCCAUGGAGUCUGUCCAGCAGUCCGACCAACCGCCCUUUCAGUUCCUUACACCCUACGUCUCUACACGAACACCGACCCAGUGCUUUCGCAAUUACUUUCCAACAAAUCCCCCAUGUUCUUAGCCAGCGGAGGCUGAAAAGGACCACCGCUGCGGCAACAGCCGCUUCAAAGGCAACCGAGAGCUUGCCGGGCGAGAGACCGCGGUCUGAUGCGCAGAUCAAGUCUAUCUUUGCCUCCAAAAAUAUUUCCACACGACUGGGUAACCGCACGUUGGCGGUUCUACAAAAUCGCCGAGUACACGGUACCCUCGACCUCGACCUACCAUCGGACAUCAUCCGCGGUGUGCCCCAAUUACAGCUCGAUACCGCAUUGCAAUGGCUGCGCCAGAAUUAUCCGAUCGAUGAGGAUGCUGCCAUCCUAGCCCGUAUUGAACGAGAGGAAUACGAGGCGGAACAAAAGCUUGUUCGACGUGCGGAACAGCUGGGUCUCUACAAGCCCCAGAGUGGAUCCUAUGGGGCAGAGCUUGGUGAAGACAAGUCCGUCUAUGGAAAGAGCGUUCUCCAAGAGGCACGUGAGAAGAACGAGAAGCGAUUGUUGGCGGAGAAGGAGCACAAGCGUCAGCAGUGGCUUGAAGGCGAAAAUGAGGAGCUUGAGAAAUUGCAGCGCCAGGUGGAGGGUAACACUACACUGCAGAAAUAUCAAGAAGCUGCUCUAACGGAAGCUCGACCCCGAGCGGAUCCGAAUGAACGUCCCUACCUUGCUUGGGUCCAGAAACACCACAUCGCGGGAACUCUCAAUCAAGCCGAGGCUGUCAAUCUUACUACCUCCCAGCGUCUUCUUUCACCUCUGAUCUUCGCGAUUAUCACCUUGGGCCUUUGCUAUGUAUUUGCUCAAAAUUACGAGCCUCCUGCGCGACAAGAUCGCAUGUGGCCUGAUAUACCUCCUGCUGCCGCAACGGUUGGAGCUAUCAUCGGUGCCAAUCUUGCCAUUACUUUCAUGUGGAAGUAUAUUCCUCCGUCUUGGAAAUUGCUUAAUCGCUUCUUCGUCAUCGUUCCGUUCUACCCAAGUGCUUUGGGCGUUCUUGGUAGUACGUUUAGCCAUCAGACAUGGAGGCAUUUGGCCACGAACAUGAUGGUUCUGGGUCUUAUGGGAACCAGAGUUCACGACGAACUUGGCCGCGGGAAUUUUCUGGCCAUUUAUCUAGCCUCUGGAGCCGUCGGCUCGAUGGUGUCGUUGUCACGAAGUGUCCUCCUUGGUUACCUCGGUAUGACCUCUCUUGGUGCCAGUGCUGCCACCAGCGGUAUCGUUGCAGCAUGGUGCAUGUACCACUUUGAUGACAAAAUUACCAUGUGGAUUCUGCCACGUGAUCUCCGUGAGACGCUUUGGACUCAAGGCUGGAUCUUCCUGGCCUGUCUUGUUGCCACCGAAGUAUUCAGUAUGGUGACCCCGGCGCGCUUCUUACGGGUUUGGCCCUUGUCGCGACUCACCAAAAUGGACCACGCCGCUCACUUGGGUGGCUACGUUACCGGUGCUGGGUGUGGCUAUGCGCUGGUCCAGCAACGGAGGGCACGGGAGCGAGAGCAAAGAGCCCGUGAUUCCAAGUGGCUGGAUAAGUUUGUGCGGUAA